AUGCAGGCGACGGCUGGUCUUCCCGGAGGCUGGAAGGAUCUCUGGUUGUCUGUGCCUGGUAACACGGAGGAGAAUGGGUACACGUUUGACGGUACGCGCAAUACGCUGGUGACGAGUCGAUCCUUUCUCAGUCGGCUGGAUCGCAUGUAUUUCUACGCUGCGCCCGGUGAAGAAGCAGCGCGGUGUACGUUUGAUGAGAUCAUGAUUGUCGGUCAGCAGAAGAUCGCCGAUGGACUGUGGCCAUCCGACCACUUUGGACUGCUCAGCACCUUCACGAUUCGUGAAGAAGACGAAAAGAGUGCUACUGCAGAGGGGAGUGGGAAGAAGAAGGCAAGGCAAACAGAAUCAGAUUCACAAGCUGGUUCGAAACAAACACCAAUUUCAAUUGAGUGA